AUGUCUACCACUUCGUUCCCGAAUACAACAACAAACACCGAGGCACCUACAAAACUCUAUGAGUUAAUCGCAUCAUAUGAUUUUGAGUCGGACUCGGAUUUCUGCAAAGGCUUAGGUGCAAUCCUAGGCCAUCCAGAAACUCCUGCGUUGGAUGCUGAACUUAUUAGAGAGGAUGACGUUGUUUUACAAGCAAAGUGCUUUUAUAUUUCCAGAAAAAAUCAGAUUAGCCCGCCGGUCGAUUUUUCCGCGUAUAAGAGCUGGGUUGAAGCAAAUAAUAGCUUAACCAGAUCCUCUACUUCGGCUCCUCAGCAGCCAGCUGAAGAGGCCACAACCCAGAAAUCAAGUCAAUCGCCAAAUAGUACAACGGCACCAUCAACAUCGAGCAGCGCGGGCAAAGCUGAUGCCGAACCAGCCUACCCAUCGUCAUUUUCUCAUAUCGUCGAGCUCAUUACAACUGGCCAGCCAAUACCUGGUAUUGAGGAUAUACCUGACACAGUCUUAUCGGGUCACGAAAAACCGAGCAAAGUGGCCCGAAGGCGUAAGCCUUGGGAGAAGACAGAGGUAGAAAACAGUGACGAUAACGCAUCUCUAGCCCUGCAAGAAAGUCGAUGA